AUGGGUGACUACUCGAACGCACUUGAAUUUUACGAAAAAGCACUUAAAAUAAGAGAAAAAGCUCUGCCUUCGAAUCAUCCCGAUUUGGCUACUUCCUACAACAACAUCGGUGGAGUGUAUAAGAACAUGGGUGACUACUCGAAAGCACUUGAAUUUUACGAAAAAGCACUUAAAAUAAGAGAAAAAGCUCUGCCUUCGAAUCAUCCCGAUUUGGCUGCUUCCUACAACAGCAUCGGUCAAGUGUACGAUAACAUGGGUGACUACUCGAAAGCACUUGAAUUUUACGAAAAAUCACAUAAAAUCCUAGAAAAAGCUCUGCCUCCGAAUCAUCCCUCAUUGGCUACUUCCUACAACAACAUCGGUGAAGUGUAUAGAAACAUGGGUGACUACUCGAAAGCACUUGAAUUUUACGAAAAAUCACAUCAAAUCUACGAAAAAGCUCUGCCUUCGAAUCAUCCCUCACUGGCUACUUCCUACAACAACAUCGGUCUCGUGUAUAACAACAUGGGAGACUACUCGAAAGCACUUGAAUUUUACGAAAAAUCACUUCAAAUAAGAGAAAAAGCUCUGUCUUCGAAUCAUCCCGAUUUGGCUAUUUCCUACAACAACAUCGGUCUCGUGUAUAACAACAUUGGUGACUACUCGAAAGCACUUGAACUUUACGAAAAAUCACUUAAAAUAAGAGAAAAAGCUCUGCCUCCGAAUCAUCCCUUAUUAGCUACUUCCUACAACAACAUCGGUGCAGUGUAUAACAACAUGGGUGACUACUCGAAAGCACUUGAAUUUUACGAAAAAGCACAUAAAAUAAUAGAAAAAGCUCUGCCUUCGAAUCAUCCCGAUUUGGCUUAUUCCUACAACAACAUUGGUAUGGCGUAUUCCGGCAAAGGAGACUACUCAAAAGCACUCUCAUUCUUAGAAAAGGCACUUGUUAUCUUCCAAAAAUCACUUCCAUCUAAUCAUCCUAAUAUUAAAACAGUUACAAACUCAAUUGACUAUGUAAAAAAGAAAAUGUAA